CCCAUUCUAAGCAGUAUUCUUGUCUUUUAGGAUUAAAUAAAUACGCAAUAUUGUUAAACAGGUGUGUAAAUAGUUAGUGUUCAUUUAUUCUUCCUACAUAAAAAGAGAUAAACCUUGUUUUCCUCUCCUGUAAACUGGAUUUCAACGUAAUUUGAAUUUUGUUUCAUUUGAUAUUUCUAACCUUCUAAGAAAUGUUGAAUACGCUAAAAUCUUAUGAUGUAAAAACUAAGAAAAGUAUAUUAUUUAUUUUGACAUUUGUUUUUAUAUGGUUUUCCUCUCACAAAUUAACGCUUUAACUACCCGCAUAUUAUAUCUAUAGUAUGUAAAGGCAAAGGUGAAGCUUCUUGCUUAUUUUAUGCUUUAGGUUGAAUGGAAAGGUUUAACCGGUCCUAUACGAUUUAAGGAAGGUCGUCGGACACAAUUUAAAUUAGAUCUUGUUAAAUUGAAACAGCAUUCAAUCGUAAAAAUUGGGGAAUGGUCUCCGCAUAUGCGACUAAACAUAACAGAGCCUUCACUGUUUUUCGACACUGGCUCAAUGAAUGUGACAUUAGUUGUUAUCACAAUACUCGAAAAACCAUACGUGAUGAUGCGCUAUGGCAAAAACUAUACUGGAAAUAAUAGAUUUUAUGGAUUUUGCGUUGAUGUGUUGCGGCUGGUGGCUCGAGAUGUGGGCUUUGAUUACAUAUUAGACUUGGUACCAGAUAGAAAGUAUGGAGCCAAAGAUCCAUUAACUGGCCAAUGGAAUGGUAUGGUGGAACAGUUAAUGAAAUAUAAAGCUGAUUUGGCUGUUGGAUCCAUGACAAUAACAUAUGCACGCGAAAGUGUCAUUGACUUCACAAAACCCUUUAUGAACCUUGGGAUAAGUAUAUUAUUUAAGGUACCAUCCACGCCGUCAACGAAACUAUUUUCUUUUAUGAAUCCUUUAGCUUUCGACGUGUGGCUAUAUGUAUUAACAGCAUACUUUUGCGUCUCUAUUACCAUACAUGCAAUGGCAAAGAUUUCACCUAAAGAAAGAUCAAAUUUCAAUCGCUCUUCGAAAUAUUUCGUUAAAUAUCUGGAUAAGUUUACGUUAAGAAAUAGUUUUUGGUUUGCAGUUGGAACUUUAAUGCAACAGAGCUCUAAUUUGAAGCCACGUGCAAUUUCAGUCCGAAUAGUGAGUGCAAUUUGGUGGUUUUUCUCCCUCAUUAUCAUCGCUUCAUAUACGGCGAAUUUGGCCGCAUUUCUAACUGUUGAACGAAUGACAACACCUAUUGAAAAUGCCGAAGAUUUGUCUAGCCAAACUGAAAUAUCUUAUGGCACUCUCGAAAGUGGCUCAACUAUGACUUUUUUCCGCGAUUCAUUGAUUGAGACAUAUCGCAAAAUGUGGCGCAACAUGGAAAACAAAAAAAAACACAGCACAUUCACAAGUACCUACGAAGAAGGCAUUAAACGUGUCAAGGAAAGUAAUUACGCAUUCUUAAUGGAAUCUACAAUGCUAGAUUAUGUCGUGCAACGCGAUUGCAAUCUUACUCAAAUCGGCGGGUUACUUGAUACAAAAGGUUACGGUAUUGCAACACCAAAAGGCUCACCUUGGCGUGACAAAAUAUCCUUGGCAAUUUUGGAACUACAAGAGAAGGGUGAUAUACAAAUGUUGUAUGAUAAAUGGUGGAAAAAUGUUGGAGAAACCUGUUUCCCUAGAAGUAACACUAAGCAGUCUAAGGCAAAUGCUCUCGGUUUCGAUAACAUUGGCAAGUACUUUAUAACUUUACCAUACUAUAGGCGCUAG